GCAUUUCCUGACAACUGGACAAACGGAGUCUCAGUGCUGUCAUAAAGACCCUUAAUAAAGUUUAAUUCAGUCCUAAUGUGUGAAGUGACCUCCCCCAGCCCCACUCUCUCACCUAACAGGAGGGUCUCACAUCAAAAGGUGUAGGAUGGACUUUAAGGGUCACACAGUGUCUUCCUCUCAGAACUAAUCUGUGUCCUGAGCUGACAAGGUGUCCCCAGACCUCCUGCCCCCCAUGCUCUAAACUGUCCACCAUGUAUCACUCAGAUAUCUUCCAGCAAUAUGGGCCUUCCUAUGGAGUGAGACCCCCACGCAGCCUGCCACCCAACUACCCCACAGCCACGGGCCACCACGAGGCAUACAGGUACCCAGAACUGGAUGUUCCCGGCCAAAGGUAUGAUGGCCUAUUCUCAACACUGGAUCCUUCCCAAAGGAUUCUGGGAGCAGCUCCCCUCACGCCUCUCUCCUUGCCCCCCGGACCAACCUUGGGCUUUGGGCAACCACAUCCACCGUGUGAAGCCCCCCGUCUUCCGGGGAAUGUGAAGAUGACUCUGGAGAACAAGGAGCUGUGGAAGCAGUUUCAUGCGAUAGGAACAGAGAUGAUUAUAACCAAGUCUGGAAGGCGGAUGUUCCCGCAGUGUAAGAUCAGUGUGACCGGGCUGGAGCCGGAUGGGAAGUACCUCCUUCUCGCGGACAUUGUUCCGGUGGAUAAUUCUCGCUACAAGUGGCAGGAAGACCACUGGGAAGAGAGUGGGAGAGCAGAGCCGCGUCUACCGGAGAGGGUCUACAUCCACCCAGACUCACCGGCCCCUGGGUCCCACUGGAUGAAGCAGCCAAUAUCCUUCCACAAGAUCAAACUCACCAACAACACGCUUGACCAGAUGGGACAUAUUAUCCUGCAUUCCAUGCACCGUUACCAGCCACGAUUCCACAUCGUACGAGCUCAAGAUGUCUUCAGCCGGAGGUGGGGUGGGUGCUCCUCCUUCACCUUCCCAGAGACCCUGUUCCUGACCGUCACUGCCUAUCAGAACGAGAAGAUAACGCAACUUAAAAUCCAGACCAACCCUUUUGCCAAAGGAUUUCGGGAGGACGGGCUGAAGAAGAAGAGAGAUCGAAUCACGCGAGUGAAAAGGAAAGCGCCAAGCGCAGAUCAUGAGCAAGACUCGUUUCAGGCCGCAGAGUGCAAGCGCCCACUUUAUGGAGGACCGUGUGACUCUACACUGGGAGAAGAGCUGGAUAUUGGGGGGAAUCUCGCUAUCCCUCUCCCCAGUCCUGAUUGUGCUUUCCACCCCAUCACCCCCCCAACCCCAGCACCCCCAGCCAGUGAAGUCCCUGAUCCCUCUUCAAUCCCACCAAUGACAGCUAAUCAGGACCAAGGGACCAUCCUCGAGGUACCCCAGCAAAACACAGAGCCCUUCCUGGAGACGGGGGGACAGUCCUACCCGGAGCAGCCUGCGGACAGGGCGAGCAGCAUCUUCUCAUGCCCUCCUGAAUCGCCAGUUUCCCAGCUCCAGACUGUCUGCGUACCACGUUCGCUGCAUCGGUUCCCCCCCUCGUUCGCAGUCCCACUGGACUCCCCCCAACUCACUGACAGCCAAUCAGAUUUCAGGCUGUAUGGGCCGGACCGCCCCUGCGGAGCAGAAUUUGCACCCUCGGCAUGCGCGGUUGCACCGACUGGAAGAAGUGAGGAUGUAAGUGCCCGAGGUUACCACAUGAACUCUGAAAUUCGAUUUCCUCACUUCCUGGCCAACACGGGUCCAAAGUUGGGCCUGCAAUUUUCAGGUCCACAAUUACAGCGCCUAUAUACAGGGGGUGGCUGGAUGUAAGUGUUCUAUUCACACAGUGAAAAUAAUAGUGGGAGACGAUCAAGACCCCCAUUACCAGAAAAAUAUUGCAGAUUUCUGGUUGUAAAUAUGUUCGAUAAGUCUAUAAUAAGGAAUCUGCUCCCAAUCAGACAUAAAAAUAAAAAUCAAUCCCAAUCAGCUGUUUAAUGAAAGAACCUGUUUGUGGGAUAUUUCUUAUUUUUCUAUAUUCAUAAUACACUUGUGAUAAUCCUUAAAUAAUGGACACCCAGUUCAUGAAUAACUUGUACACUCAAUCCAGCCACGAAUAUACUCCAUCACAGGCCCCUCACCUUGGAAUUUAAUCUCAGAUUCUCCCAGGUUCGGCCUGCUGAGAGCUGCUGGGUUUGGAAUAGACCGCUGAGUUCCGUAGAGACCCUCGUGGGAGGGAUCAUUUAUAGGAGCUCUGCGGGGUUUGUACUCACACAUUGCUGAUUACGGCUGAGAUCCGGAGGGUUUAGGGAGUUGCUUUAGAAAUGAGUGAUGGGUGAAUAUCUGCAGAGAUUCCAAUACCUUGCUGCUGAGUUCACGAGAAUCAGCGACAGG